AUGGUAACUAACCUACUGAGUACUGCUGUUUGCCGCGUCACCAGUAUUAACAUAAGCAAUCCUGACCGCUGGCCUAUGAGGUGGUACCACAGCAACCUCACCCGCCAUGCUGCUGAGGCCCUUCUGCUCUCCAACGGACGUGAUGGUAGCUACCUGCUGAGGGACAGCAAUGAGCAGAUUGGGCUCUACUCCCUCUCUGUGAGAGCGAAAGACUCUGUCAAACACUUUCAUGUUGAAUAUACUGGGUACUCAUUUAAAUUUGGCUUCAAUGAAUAUUCAUCUUUAAAGGAUUUUGUCAAGCAUUUUGCAAAUCAACCUUUGAUUGGAAGCGAGACAGGCACUCUGAUUGUUUUGAAGCAUCCUUAUCCAAGGCAAGUGGAAGAACCUUCCAUUUAUGAAUCAGUCCGGGUUCACACAGCGAUGCAGACAGGAAGGACAGAGAACGACCUCGUGCCCACCGCGCCUUCUCUGGGCACCAAAGAAGGCUAUCUCACCAAGCAGGGAGGUCUGGUAAAGACCUGGAAAACAAGAUGGUUCACUUUGCAAAGGAACGAACUGAAAUAUUUCAAAGACCAGAUGUCACCAGAACCAAUUCGGAUCCUAGACCUAACGGAGUGCUCAGCUGUUCAAUUUGAUUACUCACAGGAACGAGUAAACUGUUUCUGCUUAGUGUUUCCAUUCAGAACAUUUUAUCUCUGCGCAAAGACGGGAGUUGAAGCUGAUGAAUGGAUCAAAAUACUUCGAUGGAAGUUGUCAAAAAUAAGAAAACAGCUGAAUCAAGGAGAAGACACCGUCCGAUCUCGGUCAUUUGUCUUCAAAUAGAACUUUCUUGCUCAGGGGCGAGGUUGAAUGCUCCACGUGUCUGAUCUGUGGUGGACUUCAGAGGAAAGCUCAUUAAAGUAUUUCCUCUAAAGACAAAUCAAAAGUAGAUUGUGGUCAGGAGCUGUAUGCUGUUUGCUGAUUCGUGGAAAACAGCUGGCAGGACCUGGCCAUCUGCUCGAGAACACAGAAGCAGCACCCUGCUGAUGGCAACUGCCUAACUUCCAGGUGGAGCCACUCUCAGACACAGCGCCAGGCAAGAGCUCAUUGGCUGUCCCAGUGGCUUAGGCUUGUUGACUUUAGUUGCCUGGAGUCCCACCCCAAGUUGCUGUCAGCACAACUAAACUUCAGGACCUGCUACAAGCAGCAAGGAAACAGCAGUGCAUCAGAGAGCACAGGUGGUGCUUUCAGGAAGUAGGUUAAGAUAAUAAACACCAAGGACAUUCGCUUUUGUUUUGUUUAUGUACAAAAACUUCAAAUAUGGCCGAAGAGAUGACUCAGCCAUUAAAUUGCAUCUGUUCUCCAGAGAACCUGAAUUCAGUUUCCAGGACCCAUAUCCUCAGGCUCACAAACACCUGCCUGUAACUUGAGGAGCCAAAACACACACUCACACACAGACACAGACACACACACACACAGACACACACACACACUCACACUCACUCUCCGUUUAAAAGGCUUAGGAAUCAGGCUGGAGAGAUGGCUUGGUAAGCCAUCUUAGCAUUUCCCAUGCCAAGCUUGACAACCUGAGUUGGGAUCCCCAAAACUCACACAAAGAUAGAAGGAGAGAAGCAACUUCAUAAAGUUGUUCUCUGACCUCUACACCUAUGUCCCAGCAUGUAUGGCCUCACAUCACACGCACACGCACACGCACACAAAUAAUAAUACAAAUUCAGUGGAUCCUUCACGUCUAACGAUCAACUGAAAACUACAUGUCUUGUGGGUGACUAGAUAGGGAAAAGUGCGUGAAUGUAUAAUAAAGGGUAGGAAUAUUUUAAACAGUAAGGAAAUGCACACUGAGAAGUGUGGUAGUGAAUGACCUUUAGUUUAAUGGUUAUUACAAAUUAUAAGCACUAACUAAAAUUCUUUAGCUGCCAUUUCUUCAAAUUCAUUUGGACUUCUCCUUUUCCGAGGAUCAGCUGUAUGAGAUUAGCCCUAUGAGGUAUCCAAACAUUCUUAAAGGACAACUUCUUUGUUUCUAAGGAAGGGAGUAAAUCAAAUCUUCGUGAAAUCCAUGAUACAGAGCUGUUGUGAACUAGAAGACCAGGACUGAGCUGCAAUGACACACUGGUGUUCAGAGGUCAGGAACAGAUUUUUAUUUACAGAACAGGUCCAAUCAUUAUUGAUGUGCUUUUUUUAAAAGAAGGGAUACAAAUAGGUGAUGAGCCGGCAAGUGGCGCAGAGUUGAUGGAACUCUGUUCCUGGAGUAGAAAGGGGCAAUGGCUUUCACUUUCGUCAGUGUGACCAAGAUGCUUGAGCCAACAAUCUACAGGAACGAGUCACUUUACUCUGUGGUUUUUUGUUUUUUUUUGGUUUUUUUGUUUUGUUUUGUUUUUUCGAGACAGGGUUUCUUUGUAUAGCCCUGGCAGUCCUGGAACUCACUCUGUAGACCAGGCUGGCCUCGAACUCAGAAAUCCGUCUGUCUCUGCCUCCCAAGUGCUGGGAUUAAAAGUGUGCGCCACCACCGCCCGGGCUACUCUGUGGUUUUAAGACAUUUCUGCUUACUGGGUAGGGUGUGGUACAGCUGCUCACAUCACAGCAGGCAGGAAGCAGAGCAAGGCAGUCACAGGAAAGGGAGAGGGAAAGACAGAGUCCCCAGGAAAGUAUUUUGAGUGGCAUGCUUCCAUGUUCCACUACCUUCCAAUAGUCUGUUCAGAUUCUGAUCCAGAAAUGGAUUAACUCAUCCGCUAGGUCAGCAUGUGCGUCUCUGAGUCUCUGGACUGCCUUCAGGUUCACAUCCAGAAGGGUAAUGUCUUCCUCUUGGUGUUUCUCAAGAUGGUGUGGAGACUCAUUCAUAGAACUUUGUUAAAUAUCUUUCCCUGUUGUUUAAACGCCUAAGACUCAGAAAUUAAAUUUUUGUUUGUUUCAGAGAGUUUUUGUAGCUAGCAUGCGGAUCAAUGGUGGAACAUCUGGCCUCAGCGCCGGGGUGGGGGAGGGGAUUUACUUGUUAUGUUUGUAUGGAAUAAAGCAACGUCAAGAUAAAAGGCACUGGGUCAAGUUUGCAAAAUAAGGAGUGACAAAAGGCUCCUCCUUAAAAUGUAUGGUUUUUAUUUUCUUAGAAACAAUAAUCUUUCAGUACUAAAUAUUCUAUUUACCUUCUGUAAAAUUUGUUUAUUUAUAUCCUUUGGUUCUGUUCAUUAAAUGAAAAGUGCAUGA